AUGAUCGAAUUCGGUCGUCUUAUUAUAGUUACUUUUAAAAUAGUUAUAUCUAUAUAUAUGGUUUACAAUACCAUAAUCAUUGAAGAUCGUAAAGAACGUUCGUCAUUAAUGGAUUACUGGUCUACGAUUGGAUUCUUUACAGUCGUAGAAUAUAUUACCGACAAGUUGUUUAACUGGUUACCAUUUAACCAAGAAAUUAAACUUGGCAUUUCAUUGUGGCUAUACUUCAAAUUUGGGAUUCAACAAUUAUAUACCAAAUUAGUAAAACCAGUGUACCAACAUAGCAGCUCAUUGUUCGAUCGUUUUAUGUCCAUUACAGACAUUAUGUUCAUGAAUUUUGGGCACAUUUUUUGGAAUUUUCCAGUUCGUGUUUAA